CUCUCCUUCAAUUUAUUGAAUUUAAACGCAUUGAAUCGAGCAAAGAAGACCCAUAUUCUUCGAUUUGCAGGAUUCCAGUGUAAGAAUCUCUUUUGGGUUUAAUCUUGACUGUGUUUGAUGUGUGAUCUAUUGUUCAUAAAAUCAAUUAGAAAGCCCUUUUUUCUUCCUUUGAUUUCAUAUAUGCUAUCUAUAUUUGAUCCUUGUUCUUGGGUUAUCGAUUUGAAUGAAAUAUGGCUCUGAUUUUGUAUAAUCAAUAACUAAACGAAAUUAGGGUUUGCAGAAGGCAAAGGAGAGGAAGAGGAAAGAGAAAAGAGAAAGAGAAAAAAAAAGGUACAUCUAGUAGAGGGAUGGACGAAAAAAAGAAAAAAAAAAGAUUAUGUUAUCAUUGAUUCGCAAAAAGCAUUGGAAGAACAAGUUAUCUGCUGUUUCAAUACAAAGCUAGCGAGGCAGCCAACUGGAUUGCUAGCCCCAACCAUGGAGGAUGUGUGCACAAAUAAAUUUUUAUUUAAUUAGAGCACGAGGAUGUUACAUUCUAUUACAGAUGACACACCUAAAUCCUUUCCCCGUACAUUCCUUGCCCUUUUAACUUCUUAUGUUCCCUGUUGACUAAUCAUUAACUUCUUGUCUCAUACACUCCCUUCUUUCUUCCACCCAAUCAGUAAAGAGUCACAUACAUACCAAUUCGUCCUCUUUAGUAGUAAAUCUUAGCCAAAUAAAGCAUCUCUAUAUGAUGUCCAACUCAGGACGUUGUUGUUGAACUAGACUCAUUGUGCAUCCCUAAGUGUGUUGGUUAAAGUUUGACUACCUCUGGCAAAACAAAACAAAGCAGAUUAAAGAUGAUGCCACUGCUCAUUGCUGAACACGCCGAGAAGCUAUGGGAUACUUGGAAUAUCAGAGUCCUAAUUAUUCUAAGUCUCUUGGUGCAGUCUUUCCUGAUUCUGUCUGCACAAUUAAGAAAGCGAAGAGGUGGGAAAUGGUUCAUCAAGAUUCCACUCUGGAUAGCAUACCUACUUGCAGAUUUGGUGGCUACAUUCACUAUUGGACUCAUGUUGCGUGCUGAACGCAGUGACAUCGUAGCCUUUUGGGCACCCUUUCUUUUGUUGCAUCUUGGUGGCCCUGACACCAUUACUUCCUUCUCUCUGGAGGACAAUGAACUCUGGAUUAGGCACUUGCUUGGGCUCAUAUUACAAGUUAGUUCGACUAUGCAUGUUAUCCUUCAGUCACUCACGCAUAACAAACUUUGGCUGCCAACUCUCCUAAUUCUAAUUGCAGGGGUAAUCAAAUAUGCUGAGCGCAACGGUGCCUUUUAUCUCGCAAGCUUUGACCAUAUUGGGAGUAAUUGGUCAUAUAUAUCACGUCUGCCUCCCAUUCCAGUACAAUUUGAACAAGUUCUUAAGUCACAGGGUUGGGAAUCGACUAAACGGCCGUCUGCGAUAAUUCUUGUGCCAGCUUACAUGGUUGGCGCUAUCAAGAGCUUACUUGUAGGUCCUCCCAUGACUAAAAAGGAACAAAAGUGGUUUUCUACUUUUAUGCGAGAAACAGAUUCACAUAAGAUGCUUCGAACCAUAGAGAUCCAGUUAAGCCUCUUGUAUGAGCUCCUUCAUACCAAGUUGCCCGUAGUUGAUUCCAAGAUUGGUUAUAUUUGCCGUACGGUUAACUUUGGUUGCAUCUUGGGAGCCUUAGUGUCAUUCUCAAUAUUACUUAGGAAGUACUACCAUAAUAAGUUGGGGGAGUUUGACAUCUGCCUGACAUAUGGGUUGCUGAUCGGGGCAUUGGCAUUGGAUUUGAUAUCCAUAUGGUUACUUAUGUUCUCUGAUUGGAUUUUUAUUAGGCAGUACCAUGGCAGAGAGAAUUAUGAUGAAUUCAUUAAAAGGCGCAGUUUGUUUGAAACCAUAAGAAGAGGAAUCCAGUGUGUCUCCCAAGAAGAUUUUGUAGAGGAACAAGCUUGGAAGCUCAUUUUCACAACGCUACGAGAAAAGGAUAUUGGCGAGGCUGGCAAGGAAAUCUUUGGUCCGUCUAGAAUUCUCACCGGUCAUAUUACCAACUUCGCUUGGACCCUCGACAGGUUUGAGCACAUGGACAGCCUUCUGAUAUGGCACAUAGCCACUGAAAUAUGCUACCGAAAAGUAUGUCCAGAAAACAGCUCCAGCAGUUCUACAUCAACAUCUAAUGAUCGUUUUGAUCACCGAAAAAUAUGCAAGUUGAUUUCAGAUUAUAUGUUUUACCUUUUGGUAAUGGAGCCUACCACCAUGACAGCCACCUCGCCUAACAAUCUGAAGAUUGUUUUUGAGGCCAAAGAUGGACCAUGGGAGUGGCCAGGUUAUUGGAAGAAGGGAUCCAAAGAAACAUUCAUUAAAGGUCUACUGGAUAAGCUAUUGGAAGACGAAGCUGAAAUUGUUUAUAGAAAUCUAGGUCUGUGGAAGAAAGAUGUGGACAAGUUAGAACCCAAGGAAAAGGAUAGAAUAGCUGGCUUUCCGAGGAUAACCAUUGCAGGUUUUCUUGCCAAGGAGCUUCUCCAAUAUCAGCCCGGUGGUUGUCCGUGGAACUUAAUGAGCAGAUUUUGGAUAGAAAUAUUAUGCUAUGCUGCUAUUCAUUGCCAACCCAUUGUCCACGCACGACAAGUAAGCAGAGGCGGACAACUUCUCACCUUGGUUUGGUUGUUGAUCAAUUACUUGGGAUUAACUUCUCAUCCAGUGAUUCCAGCUAUUUUUUAGCACAACCGAAGCGUAUGGCACAAGACAGGAGACGUCAGGAUGAGUCAACAGAUUCGGAAGUGUAACCGUUGGAUCUUACGAAAGAAGAGAUGACUAGACGGGUAGAGACAGCAUUGCAAGGCCCUCCUUGGCCUCUUCUAUCCUUCUUCUUUCAGAAGGAACUCGUUCACGAGUUGGAGAUCAUCUCAGCCACUUCAUAAAAUUGUCUGUCAAAU